GAAAGUAAAAGUAAAAACUGAAAAACACAGAGGCCUAGUCUGAGGCACAGAGUGACGAAGCUUUUCUUAAAGCUUUAAGUCUUCAUUUCAGAAUCCGCUCUCAAGAUGCUCCACAGUUUGAAUCCCUGUCAGCCAGGGACAGGAGGCUUCAACUUCGAAAACAGCCGCAGAAAUGCAGUACUGGAGUCCAGCUUGUCAGAGGUCGGCUACAAAGCUCCCACUGCCAGGAAGACAGGGACCACCAUCGCUGGGAUUAUGUACAAGGACGGAGUGAUCCUGGGAGCAGAUACCAGGGCCACAGAUGACAUGGUGGUGGCUGACAAGAACUGCAUGAAGAUUCACUACAUCGCUCCGAAGAUCUACUGCUGCGGAGCUGGUGUUGCUGCAGAUGCAGAGAUCACCACACAGAUCAUGUCAUCCAACGUGGAGCUCCACAUGCUUAACACAGGGCGUCCCCCACUUGUCGCCAUGGUAACCAGGCAGCUAAAACAAAUGCUGUACAGGUACCAGGGUCAUGUGGGUUCAUCUCUGAUUGUUGGAGGGGUCGAUGUGACUGGACCUCAUCUGUACAGUGUUUACCCACACGGCUCCUACGACAAGCUACCCUUCCUCACCAUGGGUUCUGGAGCUGCAGCUGCUGUAUCUGUGUUUGAGGACAGGUUCAAACCAAACAUGGAGCUGGAGGAUGCCAAGCAGCUAGUACGUGACGCCAUCGCUGCAGGGAUCUUCUGUGAUCUGGGUUCAGGCAGCAACGUGGACCUAUGUAUCAUCACAGAGGCUGGAGUCGAGUUCCUGCGAGGCUAUGACAAGCCAGUCACGAAGGGAAAGAAAGAGGGACAGUACAGGUAUAAGCCUGGCACCACAGCCGUCCUGACCAAAACUGUGACCCCCCUCACUCUGGAUGUGGUCGACCAAUCUGUUCAAGUUAUGGACACUGAAUAAGAAUAAUAAUAAUAAUGAUAAAUUGUUCCGGCUGUGCUCCACGUGUGGAGACACUUUAGAUUGUGCACUCAUAAAAAGACAGAAGCUUUUUGUAAUAAAAUUGUUUGAGUGAUAAA